ACACACAUCGCUGAGUUAUGAGGAAGAUAAAUUGACGAAGUAUCUCUGUUGACAGCAGGAACAAAUUUGUCAGUGUCUGUCUUUUUCCAUUUUAUGCACUAUGACUGGUUUAAAUCUUUCCAUUACUGGAUUAUUCUGUGUUUUAUCUUGUUAUGUGUCUCUGAACUGUUCAGCCUUUGACUUAACGCUUCUACACACAAAUGAUGUCCACGCGCGUGUACAAGAAAUGAAUGCUUAUGGUGGACAAUGCACGAGCUCCACUGAUGAUUGUUACGGUGGCGUGGCCAGAAUGAAAACAAAAGUGCAGGAAAUUAGAAACCAGUUCCCUAAUACUUUAUUAUUGGACGCCGGGGACCAGUAUCAAGGGACGCUGUGGUUUAAUCACUAUGGCGGAAACAUUACUCAAACGACAAUGAAUGAACUCGGAUAUGAGGCAAUGGCAUUAGGAAAUCAUGAGUUCGACCGCAAAAUCGAGGGUCUUCUGCUAUUUUUAAAAAAUGUUAAUUUCCCUGUUUUAAGUGCUAACAUCAAUACCUCACAAGAACCCUCCAUCGCUCCUUACAUAAGCAAAAGUAGCAUCAUUCAGGUUGGUGGGCAACAAAUUGGAAUUGUGGGAUACACGACAAAGGAUACACCCAUUAUAUCAUCUCCGGGUUCCUUGAAUUUUUAUGACGAAGUUGAGUCUGUACGCAGUGAAGUACAAAAACUCACAGGACAGGGAGUCAACAAGAUUAUAGCGCUUGGUCAUGCAGGAUUUGAAGUGGAUAAGAGAAUAGCGGAGAUAGCUAGUGUGGAUAUAGUAAUUGGUGGACAUACUAAUACAUUCCUAUACUCAGGUUCUCCUCCCUCUGUUGAAAAGCCCGCAGGGGAGUAUCCACAUGUGGUACAGAAAUCUGGCGGAGAACAAACUCUAGUAGUCCAAGAUUAUGCAUUUGGAAAGUACCUGGGAUUUUUGCAAGUUGAAUUUGAUAACAGUGGGAAAAUAAUAAAUUAUGGAGGAAAUCCAAUUUUACUUAACAAGUCCAUAACAGAAAAUUCCGACCUGAAAGGCAAGAUAGGUGUUUUGUACAGCGCCAUAGAAAAAUCUGCCAAGAGAGUAGUGGGUCGGACGCUGGUCACUUUGGAGGGAGAGACUCCGUGUCGCCUGAGAGAGUGCAACAUGGGUAACGCUAUCGCUGACGGUCUUGUAUACCACAACUUGAAGGAUGCUGAUGACGUCAAUGGUACUCGUGUUUACAUUUCUCUGGUAAAUGCAGGAUCCAUCCGGGCGACUUUUUCCAGAGGACAGAUAUUGAUGGGGAACAUAUUUGAAGCACAGCCUUUUCGCAAUACUCUGGAAACCAUUCUUCUUCAGGGAAAAUAUUUACGUGCAACUUUGGAGCACAGUGCUUCUUUGCAUAGCGUGGCGGAUCCAGACGGGGGAUUUCUACAAGUUUCUGGAUUACGGGUGAAAUACAACCUAAAUAGACCGGUAAACCAAAGAGUUGUAGAUGUUAAAGUUAUAUGUGCAGACUGCAAUGUUCCAAAAUAUGAACCAUUGGACAACAGUAAAAUGUAUGGGGUAAUUUUGUCCAAUUUUAUCCUAUCUGGCGGUGAUGGUUAUACCGUUCUCAGGGACAACGCUCGGCAAGACCACGUAGUUGGAAACUUGGACACAGAUGCAUUUGCUGCCUACGUUACGGACAUGUCGCCAUUAUAUACCGCCAUGGAAGGCAGAAUAGAGUUUGUGGACGAAAACUAUCCAUGCAGUACCAGCGGUGGCCUUGCAAUCAUAAAGACUAAUUACCACACUAUAGUAUUGUUUCUGUUGAUUAUGUUGUAUCAUUUGUAAUUGACUAGAAUGUCAUGUUUUGUAAAAAAAAAAAUUACUAGUUUACAUUUUAACGUAAAUAAUUGCGGACGUUCAUACUUUGAUUUAUAUGUUUACAAUGUACAUGUAUUUAAAUUUACAUGUAUUCCAAUUUCUAAUGUCCUUAUUCUUACUCCUGGUCGCCUGUGUGGCGCAGUGGUUAGAGAGUUUGCUCUAGAGUCGCGGAGUAAGGAGUUGAUCCUUCUGUCGCUAGUUGAAAAUUAUGAGUCGUGUAAACCGGUCCUUCGGAUGAGACCGUAUAAACCGAGGUCAUGUGUCGCAGUAGGUGCUGGUACGAAAAAGCUCCUUCACUGUUCAAUGGCACUGAUUCCCGAGUAUAGGUCUAAAUUUGCAGCCCUCCACCGGCAAGUGGUGGCGUCUCCACAUGAGUGAAAAAAUUCUUGAGAGGGACGUUAAACAACAAACAAAAUUCUUAUUUCUGUGUUAUCAACCUAUGUACAUACACAUAGAUUUAAUGCUUCAUGUUUUUUUUUCUAUCUGUUUAUGCCAUAUUUUGUGUGUGAUAAGAUUUUUUUUAAAAUGACUGUACUUUUUGUU